AUGGAAAAAAUAAACAAUGUAACUGAGUUCAUUUUCUGGGGCCUUUCUCAGAACCCAGUGGUUGCAAAAGUUUGUUUCGUGGUGUUUUCUUUCUUCUACACAGGCAUUCUUCUGGGAAACCUCCUCAUCAUGCUGACAGUUUCCACUGGCAACCUUUUUAAGUCUCCUAUGUAUUUUUUCCUGAACUAUCUGUCUUUUGUGGACAUUUGUUAUACCUCAGUGACAGCUCCCAAGAUGAUUGCUGACCUAUUAGCCAAGACUAAAACUAUCUCCUAUGUGGGAUGUGUGUUGCAACUCUUUGGGUCACAUUUCUUUGGUUGUGCUGAGAUCUUCAUUCUUACUCUAAUGGCUUAUGAUCGUUAUGUGGCCAUCUGUAAACCCCUACACUAUAUGACCAUCAUGGACCGGAACAGAUGCAAUAACAUGUUACUGGGAACCUGGAUAGGUGGAUUUUUACAUUCCAUUAUCCAGAUGGCUAUGGUGGUCCAGUUACCUUUUUGUGGACCCAAUGUGAUUGACCACUACUUUUGUGAUGUCCACCCUCUUCUGAAACUUGCCUGCACAGACACAUAUGUUGUUGGUGUUGUUGUUGUAGCCAACAGUGGGGCUAUCACUCUGGGGAGCUUUGUUACCUUGCUAAUCUCCUAUACUGUCAUCCUGAUGUCCUUGAGAAAGCAGUCAGCAGAAGGCAGGUGCAAAGCUCUGUCUACCUGUGGCUCCCACAUUGCUGUGGUCAUCAUCUUUUUUGGUCCCUGCACUUUCAUGUACAUGCGACCCAAUACUACCUUUUCAGAGGAUAAGAUGGUUGCUGUCUUUUACACCAUUAUCACUCCCAUGUUAAAUCCCCUGAUUUAUACCCUGAGAAAUGCAGAAGUAAAGAAUGCAAUGAAGAAACUGUGGGGCAGGAAGUUUUCUUGCAGGCUAAUAGCAAGUAGUUGA